CGUCUUACAAUUUGUUGCUCAACGGAUCUGCUUCAAAGUGACUGGAGCCUAGCAGCACAUAGGAACGAUGCGAAGGGAGGGUUGGUAGACUAUUAGAGUAGGCUACAGGCUACGCAAGAUCGAAUCAUUAUGGAUUUUGAUGAGCGGGUCCCAGUUGGGUCUAAUAUGUAUUUGCCCGGCAGCUGCACCUAUUACGUCUCGGGAACAGACUUCUCAAGCCUCCCUCCUUUUUUGUCCCACCAUAGUCAGUCUUCUUGUCCCUUGACAUAUUCCUACCCAUCCUCAACUCUGCCACAGCUUCCGUCUGUCAGAGAGGUAGCUUUCAGGGACUAUCAUGGCAUUGGUAGCUCCAGUAAAUGGCACCACCAUAGGGGCGGUAUGUCACACUGCUACCCCACUGAGGACACGGUGCAUAGGGACUGUCUAUCAAGCUCGACCACCUUGGGGGAAAUAUUCACGAGAAAUAACUCCAGUGAUGUCUAUCACUCCAGCAGCUCCAAUCCUACAUCAAGUCUCCAGGGCAGUGUGAGUAGGAAUGGAGUGUUACCGCAAGCAUUUGAUCAGUUUUUCGAUACUGCUCAAGGGAGCGCAGACACCACACCAACAAGCGAACACUCCGUGGACAGAACUGUCACCAAACAACCUACAGUUCCGGUGACCGGUUCCGACAAGUGCCGGGAUACAGAGGAGGGACCGCCGGGCGAGGUGAGCUGCAGCCCCGUAUCUUCUUCCGGCAACAAUGAGGAGAAAUAUAGCGCCAGCCGUGGACAGAGAACCCGUAAGAAGAGAUGUCCAUACACCAAAUACCAAAUCAGAGAAUUGGAGAGGGAGUUCUUUUUCAGUGUUUACAUCAACAAGGAGAAACGUCUUCAACUUUCGAGGAUGCUCAAUCUCACCGACCGCCAAGUUAAAAUCUGGUUUCAAAACAGGAGGAUGAAAGAGAAGAAACUGAACAGAGACCGUUUUCAGUAUUAUACCACGAACCCUAUGUUGUAACACUGGCUGAUGGAUGUCAUCUCCCCUCAGACAAGGCAUGCAUGAAGCUCAAUCGCUAAUUUCAAGUUCGUUG